CCCGCUCCCUCUCGCCGCACAGCGCCCCCCCCCUCCUCCCCCUCCCCCUCCUCCUCCUCCCUCCUCGUGCCCUCUCCCUUGCCCUUCUCCCUCCACGCCAGCGGGCCCGCCGACCUCCCGGGGAACCCGGCGGACCCCCAGGGCUGCCUGGUUGCGGCGGGCCGUGAGAGCACCAUAGAGAUCUGUAAAGGGAGCACGGGCCUGGGCCUCAGCAUCGUGGGGGGCUGCGACACGCUGCUGGGGACAGUAAUAAUCCACGAGGUGAACUACGGCGGAGCAGCCCAGAGAGAUGGGAGGCUGCUGGCCGGAGACCAGAUCCUAGAGGUGAACGGCAUCGACCUGCGGCAGGCCACCCACGAGGAGGCCCUGGGGGUGCUGCGUCUGAGCACCCAGCGGGUGCGCCUGUGUGUGUUCCGGCACCAGGAGUCCUACCGGGAGGAGGACCUGUGGGACGUGUUCACCCUGGAGCUCCGGCCCCAGCCCGGCCGCGGCCUGGGCUUCUGCACCGUUGGCAAGAACAACGACACUGGAAUCUUCGUGUCAGAAAUCCUGCACCAGGGCGUGGCUGAUAAAGAUGGCAGGCUGUUGCUAGGUGACCAGAUUCUGUCAAUCAACGGAGAAGAUGUCCGGGCUGCGUCCCAGAAGCAUGCAGAGAAGCUGCUACAGAACUGCGGUGGAGUGGUGUAUCUGGAGGUGGCUCGCUUUAAAGCUGGACUCCAAUACCCACAAGGCAGCCAGGAGUACUUUAAGUUAUGCUUUAUCCAGAAUGAGGACUCGGAUUGCUCCACCUUGACCCCCUCCAGUGCGUGUGAAACCGCCAUCGGUCACCAGAGGGAGACAGAGAGCAAAGCAGACGGCUGUGCUGUUAGGAAAGUGGUCCUCGAGAAGGGUGCAUGUGAGUCCCUGGGCGUCUGCGUGGCAGGUGGCCUGGGCAGUCCCCAUGGCGACGUGCCGCUCUUCAUCGCUGCCAUACAUAGAAGCGGACCGGCGGCCAAGACUCACCAACUGCAGACUGGGGACAGGCUCAUCAGCAUUAACGGUGCUUCUACUGAGGGGAUGACCCAUCUGGAGGCGGGAGCCAUGUUGAAGAACGCCACUGGAACCAUCACUCUGCACGUGGCAGCAGAAAGCGAUCCACAGGACCAGGGUGACAGCCAUCCUCUGUGUCUGCUCUCCUGCCCAAACAACCUCUGCGCCCGGGCGUAUCAGACCAUCGCCCUUGAGCGGGGGUCUUCUGGCCUGGGGUUCAGCGUGGUGGGAGGCUUCGGCAGCCCUCACGGGGAUCUGCCAAUCUACGUCAAAACGGUCUUCAGCAAGGGUGCGGCGUUGGAGGACGGCCGUCUGAAGCGCGGAGAUCAGAUCAUCGCGGUGAACGGCCACUGUCUGGAGGGCUCCACUCACGCCGAGGCUGUGGAUGUCAUCAAGAGGACCAAGGGAACCGUGGUCCUCACCGUUCUCUCAUGAUGUCACCCUGCUCGUGUCCCACGCUGAUGAUGUCAUCAAGACCAAACUAGGGUGCUGAUCGUUGUUUGGCGUCCUUUGAAAGGGUUGUGGUGAAUGUCUGCGUACAGUGGACAGAGGUAGAGAGGCAUGAUAGGACAUUUGUAACAGUUAAGCUAUCUGUCUUUGUUGAAGUGUAGGUCAUUGAAGAACUUGCUGGUGAGCUACCUCUAUUCAUGUACUCCUAACAGUAUACGUUUAUUACAUUUUGCUACUGUCAGUAUUUUUAAAUCGCGUUUCAUGUCCUUUUUCAAUGUGAAUAUUAAGCAGAACUAUGUAUACAAAGGUAUGUCCUGGAUGGUCUGGAUAGAUGAAGGACUAUCAGAGGAGUUUUAUCACAAGUCAUCACAUCACAAUAUGCAUUUAUUAUGUAUGGAAUAUACAAUCUCAAAAUACACAGCAGAAUAUUUGUUCACAUAUCUUACAUCAGAAAUGAUUAUUUAUUAUUAUUAAGACCCUUUUUAAGAUUAAGUCUAUGUAGUGAGUAUUUAUUUAUGUAGUAUUUAUUAUGGCAAAAUCAAAGUCAUUGAUGGAAACAGAAAUACAAGAUUGUCUUGAUUUGAUUGAUAUUGGGAUUGUAUACUUGUAUACAGUACAUCAGAUAUUUGCAUUAAUGCUAGGUUAUCUACUGAUUUCAUUCAUGGACUCAUCGGUAGUUGAUGAGUGGACACUAUUUUAACGGGCUGCCCACCUUCUGAAGCAGCAAUGCUUAGUAAGUGAUACUGCCAAUCUUUUAUAGGGCAUUAUGUAGGGUCUUAAAGUAUGUUUCAUUUCUAAUCUUAAUUUUGUCAAUGAAUCUCUCAUUUGGUGUGUCUUACCAUUCACCUUUAAUCAUAGCAUACUUAUGAUGUAAUAAUUUAUUUUAAUACAUUUUUUCUUCAACCUCUGCGGUGCUUUUGUCUCUUACCUCUCAGUUUUUGGUCAAAUGUCUGCAUUUAAUGUACUUUUAAUUAUUAAAGAUUUAUUUAAUACUCCA